CCUCCACCCCACUACCUCCCCAAGCGUGCCAUCAGCGGAGGAUGCUGCUGCUGCCGGUGUCGGUACAAACUGCCCGGUGGUAACGGUUCUUGAAGGAGUAGCGAGCGGGGCUGUCGGGUGGAGACAUGGCGGCGCUGAGGUGGGAAGUCCUGUUGUUCCUGGCGGUCGUCCUGCUGGUCUCCUGUAACGCCGCACCCUCCGACAUCCUGUAUCGGGUUCCAGAGGAGCAGCCGCCCAACACGCUGAUUGGCAGCUUGGCGGCCGACCAGGGCCUGCCCGACACCGGUCACCUCUACAAGCUGGAGGUGGGCUCGCCGUACCUGCGGGUGGACGGCAAGACGGGCGACAUCUACACCACCGAGAUCCCCAUCGACCGCGAGACGCUGAGGGACUGCCGCAACCUUUUUGAGGGCGACAAAUGUUUCCUGGAGUUCGAGGUGUCGAUCACCGACAUGGUGAAGGGCAUCGGCUCGGGGCCGCGGCUGAUCGAAGGCCGCAUCGAGGUGAUGGACAUCAACGACAACACGCCGCAGUUCUCCUCACCCAUCCUCACCCUCUCCAUCCCAGAGAACACGCACAUCGGCGCCCUCUUCUCCAUCCCCAUGGCCACCGACAGGGACUCCGGCACCAACGGCGUGGCCGAGUACUCGCUGAGCACCGGGCCCGACGCCGACCAGCUCUUCAGCUUGCAGGUCGCGGUUGACACGGACGAGAAGCUGCCGCAGUUGGUCGUCAUGGGCAACUUGGACCGCGAGAAGAAGGACUCGUACGACCUGAACAUCCGGGUGGUGGACGGUGGGAGGCCGGCGAGGGCCAGCAGCGCUCUGCUGCGGGUCACCGUCACCGACCAGAACGACAACGCCCCCAAGUUUGAGAGGACUCACUACGACGCCGAGCUGCCGGAGAACAGCCCGCUGGGACACUCAGUGCUGCAGGUCAGAGCCAACGACGCAGACACCGGCAUCAACGGGGAGAUUGACUACAGCCUCCAUCAGGCGUCGGAGACCGUCCAGAGGCUUCUGCGCAUCGACCGCUCCACCGGCAUCAUAUACGUCAAAGGCCUGGUGGACCGCGAGGAGGAGAACUUCCUCAAGUUCUUCGUGGUCGCUAAAGAUCGCGGGCCCAAUGCUAAGAGCUCCAAGGUCCUGGUGACCGUCAACGUCAGGGACCAGAAUGACAACGCCCCAGCCAUUGAGAUCCGUGGUAUUGGUUUGGUGACGCACCAGGACGGCGUGGCCAACAUCUCUGAGGACAUGCCCAUCGGCACCGCAGUGGCGUUGGUCCAGGUGUCGGACCGUGACGAGGGGGAAAAUGCGGUGGUUACGUGCGUAGUUGCCGGUGAUGUCCCAUUUCAGCUUCGACCUGCAAGUGAGUCAGCCAACGAUCGGAAGAGGAAGUACUUCCUGCAGACGACUACCCUGCUGGAUUAUGAGCGUGUUAAGGAUUACAGGAUUGAAAUUGUCGCUGUGGAUUCUGGGAACCCAGCGCUGUCCAGCACCAACUCCCUCAAGGUCCAGGUGACAGACAUGAACGACAACACGCCAAACUUUUCCCCUGCGUUGCUCGAGGUGGACUUUGCAGAGGGCAACCAGCCAGGCGACAAGGUGCUGGAUGUUGUGGCGACAGAUGCGGACAGUGGCACCAACGCAGAGCUGUCCUACAGCAUCAUCGAGCUCUCGGCCACCAGGCUCUUCGAGAUCGACGCCAACAGCGGGGAGGUUCGUGUGAAGAACCUGUUGGAUCGGGAGGAGACGGAGCGUUACGAGUUCCGCGUGGCGGCAGCAGACAAGGGUGUUCCCAGCAAAACCGGCACCGCUACAGUGGUGAUUAACGUCCUGGACCGCAAUGACAAUGACCCCAAGUUUAUGCUGAACGGCUACAGCUUCUCCGUCAUUGAGAACAUGCCUCCGCUCAAUCCCGUCGGUGUGGUGACCGUGACUGAUGCUGAUAAAGGUGAAAACGCCCGAGUGAGGCUGUUUGUUGAACCGGACAAUGGCAAGUUUGUCAUCCAGAACGGCACAGGAACCAUCCUGUCCAGCAUCUCCUUCGACCGUGAGAAGGAGAGCACCUACACCUUCCGUCUGAAGGCUGUGGAUGCCGGUGACCCUCCUCGAUCCUCCUACGUCGGCGUGACCAUCAACGUCCUAGAUGAGAAUGAUAACGCCCCCUACGUCACCAAACCGUCCAACUCCUCCUACACUUACUUGACACCCGUCACGCCACUGGACACCCGUGUGGAGGUGGUAGAGGCUGAGGACAUUGACUCUGGACCCAACGCUGAGCUGUUCUACGCCAUCACAGGCGGCAACCCGUACGGCCUGUUCCACAUCUCGCCGAGCAGCGGAGAGAUCACACUGGUGCAGGAAUUCAACGGCAAGCACAAUGGACUGCACCGCCUGGUGGUGAGGGUCAGCGAUAAAGGCAAACCUCCCCGCCACACAACCGCCCUGGUCCAUAUUUUCGUCAACGACACCAUGUCCAACGUCUCCCUCAUCGAAGCGCUGGUCGGACACAGCAUCUACACCCCUCUGGACAGGGACAUUGCCGGAGAUCCCAACUACGCCCUUGCUCAGCGCAGCAACAUCCUGUACGGUAGCCUGGCGGGGAUUGCUGGUGUGAUUCUGGUCAUUGUAGCCGUGGUGGUCAUCAGACACCGGCUGCAGAAGGACACCAAGAGCGGCUACCAGGCCGGCAAGAAGGAGAGUAAGGACCUGUACGCUCCAAAGCAGGGCCCCAAGAACGGCAAAGGGAAAAAGAGCAAAAAGGGGAAAGCUCCAAAACCUGCCAAACCGCUGGAGGAGGACGAGGAGGCCAGCUUGCAGAAAGGCCUCAAGUUCAACCUCAUCAACGACAGCGUCAACGACAGUCCCAGAAUCCACCUGCCACUUAACUACCCGCCAGGAAGCCCCGAUCUGGGCCGCCACUACCGCUCCAACUCCCCACUACCCUCCAUCCAGCUGCAGCCACAGUCGCCCUCCGCCUCCAAGAAGCACCAGGCCGUUCAGGACCUCCCCGCCACCAACACCUUCGUGGGAACCGGCGACAACAACUCCACAGGCUCCGACCAAUAUUCGGAUUACAGCUACAAGGCCAACCCGCCCAAAUACAGCAACAAACAGCUCCCCCACCGCCGAGUGACCUUCUCCACGGCCAACCAGGCUCAGGACCUGCAGGACGCGUCCCAGCACAGCUACUACGACAGCGGCCUGGAGGAGUCGGAGACCCCCAGCUCCAAGUCUUCGUCGGGGCCGCGGAUCGGCCCGCUGGCGCUGCCGGAGGAUCACUACGAGCGGACCACGCCCGACGGCAGCAUCGGCGAGAUGGAGCACCCGGAGAACGACCUCAGGCCCCUCCCCGACGUGGCGAUGACCGGUAACUGCACCCGCGAGUGCACCGAGUUCGGCCACUCUGACUCCUGCUGGAUGCCCGGACAGCCCUCCCCGAACCGCAAGGUGUCCAAGAACGCUCCGAAGCUCUCCACCUUUGUGCCUUACCAGGAGAUGGACGGGCAGGAGCAGCUGAUGGCCAACGGCAGCCCCAAGCCCUUGAUGAUGGAGGAGCGCGGCACGGGUGUGUCCAACAUGCGAUUCAUGACACCCUACAGCAGUGCCUACCCUGGAGGCGGAGACUCGUCUGUGAAAGACUGUGGGCUGGAGGAGAUCCCGCUGAGCCAGGCGGUGGAGUACCACUCGGCCACCACCCCGACCGGCCAGACCUCCAAGAGGGAGAUCUACCUGUGA